CGCCUCACGGAGAGGGAGCCGAGGAGUAGGAGGCGGAUCCGGUUCGAGAUCGCGGCGGGAUCCUCGCCGGGCUUUCGCUUGCCGCCAUGGCCGCGGAGGAGAAGGACCCGCUCGGUUACUUCGCUGCUUACGACGGCAGCAGCAACUCAGGCUCGUCGUCGUCUUCGGAGGACGACAGCGAGCCCGAGGAGGCGGGCCGGGAGGCCCGGGAGCCAGCCAAGCCGGCCCCCGGGGGCGGCGCGGCCGAGGGAAUGCGACUGCCCAAGCCGGACGAGCUGUUCCGGAGCGUGUCCCGGCCGGCUUUCCUCUACAAUCCGCUUAACAAGCAGAUUGACUGGGAGCGGCACGUCCGGAAGGCGCCGGAGGAGCCCCCCAAAGAGUUCAGAGUGUGGAAGACCCACGCGGUGCCACCCCCCGAGACCUACAGCGUCAAGGAAAGGAAGCCACCGCCCCCUCCCGAGCUCGACAUGGCCAUCAAGUGGUCCAACAUCUAUGAGGACAACGGGGACGACGCCCCCCAGAAUGCCCACAAAGUGAAGCUGCUGCCAGAGGGGGAGGAGACCUUGGAGUCAGAUGAUGAAAAAGAUGAACCUACUUCAAAAAAACGUAAAGUGGAAACUGAACAAGGAAAGAAGAAGAAGUAGAAAAGAGUGCACACUGUGAACGUUGGAGUGGGAAAUGUGCAGUUGGAAAUCCAGACAGUAUUGGGCUUUUCAGAAUUUCCAUAAAGCAUCUUCUCUUUUGGAAAGCACACACAUUAGUCCGGCAGUAGAAACUUUCCACUGAAGGGUUAAAGGUUCGUUAAAAACUCAUCAUUAUUGCAAACAUUGUGACUUUGUGAUUGUGGAAGUUAUCAGUCUUGGUGGAAACACUGGGGCCUUCACAAAAUUAGUGACUUGCUCUGAGAAUUUUAUUAUUUGUUGACCUGCCAUUGUUUUUUGGAACCUUUUAUAACAGAAUGUAUUUUAAAAGUAAAUAUAUUGUACAUGUACUGUGAACUGAUGAGGUGCUUUUCCAAAAUUGUUUGUACAGUGUAAAUAGAUCGUGGAAAUAAAAUUAAUUAUUCAAUAUUA